AUGUUACUUUCAAAAUAUUCACCAUCAAGACAAUUCUAUUCAAAAUUAAUUGAACGAGUUAUUUUAACUCGUUCAGCUUCUUCAACAACAACAACAAACGUUUCUCAUACAUCUUCGGAUAAUCAAAAACAAUAUCGAACACCUUUAUCAACGGAUCCAGAAUUUCGUGCACCAUCCGAUAAUGAAUUACCACGUGCUAAAACGUCAGAAAUGAAAGGAAUAACAUUUAAUGCUCGUGAUUUUUAUCAAAAUUAUUUUCCUAAUGAUCCAGUUGAAGCACGUUUACCAACACCAUGGCAUAUGGAUAUUUAUUAUCGUAAACAAUAUUAUAUAAUUGGUGCUUUAAUUGGUGUUCUAUUUGGUAUAUAUGUUUCAUAUCGACGUAUACUUGUUGAUCGUGCACGUCGGCGUGAUUGGGAAAAACAUCAUGGUGAUCCAUUAAGUUAUUAUGAUAUUGUUGGUCCAAUUGAUCCAAAUGUAACAAGAAAAGUUUGGGAUGAUCAUCCGAAUAUGCCACGACCGCAAGAUUUUUAUGAUAAAGAUGGUAAAAGUAAUAAUAACAGUAAUAAUUAUGGAUUAUUAAAAAAUUCAUACAAGAAUAAUAAUCGAACUAGUAAUGGAAAUAAAUUACUUGAUGAUUUCUAUUCAUUUGUGGUCGAUCUAUGA